UCAAAACAUACUAUAUUCGUAUACAAACAAAAAUACCCCAACACUGUAAAAUUUUCACCUGUUCAGACAUAUAAGAAGUUAAUCAACUGCAUCAUUUAUUGCCGGCCAUAAAACGUUUAAUAUCGAAUAUAUGGCCACAUUUUCAUCGAUUUCAUUCACGGUUGGUACCUUCUCCUGUGUGUGCCCGACAUCUAAGUUCCGACAAAAUUCACUCAAGGAAUCGACGGGAAGGAAACACCAGAUAAUGUUGUCUUUUGAGUUUAUUAACCGAGAAUAAAUAUGAACAAGUCUAUUGCUUUUCAAACAAGAGAUUUGAGGUCUUCAUUCGAGCUGGUUCGAACGAGUGCGAACGAAGUUUUUGUGAGGAUUAUUUGUUGACAGUUCUGUGAUGCACUGUGAUAAAGGAACUCCAAUGAAGUCUCUGGGAAACCAGGAUGUUAAAUAGAAGAUUUCAGUGGAGGAUUUUUGCGCUUUCUGUGCCUGUCCUAGUUGUCUUGCUGUCUAACAGUGUUGUCUUCGGCCUCAUCUCCAUAGGCACCGAAAUAUUCUGCAGUCGGAUCCCUGGCCUCACAUCACGACAGAGGGAGAUGUGCAAAGCUUUCCCAGAUGCUAUGGUCGCAGUAGGUGACGGCAUUCGACUGGCAACAAACGAAUGCCGCUAUCAGUUUCGUCACAACCGAUGGAAUUGUUCAGGGAUUGAAAAUCCCACAUCGUUCGGACAUGUUGUUAUAGUGGGUUCCAGAGAAGCCGCUUUCACAUACGCCAUAUCCAGUGCAGGAGUAGCUUAUGCGGUAACAGCUGCUUGCGCACGUGGCAAUAUCACCGCCUGUGGUUGCGCCCCUGGACCAAAGCCCAGAGAACCUACGCCAUCUGGAUGGAAAUGGGGAGGAUGCAGUGUGGACAUAAAUUUCGGUAUGAAAUUUGCAAGGAAAUUCAUGGAUGCCAGGGAGCUCGAGGGAGACGAGAGAAGUUUGAUGAAUCUUCAUAACAAUAAGGCAGGAAGGAAAGCAGUCAAACAGAACCUCAUAACAGAUUGCAAAUGUCACGGAGUAUCGGGUAGUUGCACAAUGAAGACCUGCUGGAAAACACUACCAUCUUUCAGGGAAAUCGGUGAUCACCUGAUGAAAAAGUAUUACAGGGCGAGGCCAGUAGCAUCAGCGAGUUCGAAUACUGGCCCAAGGGGUGUCGAGAGGCCAAGGGCCAAAAGAAAAAUUCAUCUGGUGCUGAAGAAGGGAAAAACCCCGAUCAAAAAGCUUCCGAAGAAGUCGGAUUUGGUGUUUCUACAAAUGUCACCGAAUUACUGCGAGAGAGACUUGGCGUCUGGCUCGCUGGGGACAGUUGGUAGAUCAUGCAAUAGGACUUCUAGAGGAACCGAUGGUUGCGACCUCAUGUGCUGUGGAAGAGGUUAUAACACUCACCAAUACACGAGAAGUUGGCAGUGUAGAUGUAAAUUUCACUGGUGUUGCUAUGUGAACUGUGAUACUUGUAGUGAAAGGACGGAAGAAUACACCUGCAAAUAGCUUGAAUCGACACGUGGAAUAGAUCCACAGAUAAAUUUUUGUGAUUCGAACUAUUCUUCAGAUCUUCAUCUUGACAUCCCAGAGGUUUUCUUCGUUCAGUUACCAUGAGAAUUUUGUAAUCGUCCAUUUGUAAAUAUUAUUUCUACGUUAAUUAUUUAUAGAAGAAACUCACGAUCUUGUAAUUUAUGUGAAUAAUUCCUUAAAUUAUAUUAUUUAAUGACAUCACGCUAUGUAUCAAGUAUAGUUGUAAGUUUUUGAAAUUUUAAUAUAAAUAAAUCUUUUUUGAUUUCAA